CUAAGAGCCAGCAUUACGACGUCGGGCGUCGCGACAUUCGCAUCUCUAUUUAUUUUCUUACUCAUCAAUAAUCGCGACGUCUUAUUUAUUUACUCUAUUGAUUCGCGUCCUUCUAUCCAUACAUACAUAAAUAUAAAUAUAAAUAUAUACAAUAUACAUAUAUACAGACAUUGAUAUAAAGCUUUUGUUUACACGGUUACGCUUUGAUCACAAUCCGGUACUUUUACUCCACAACUGUGAAAUAUAUUUUUUUACCGUGUAACUGAGGAUUGGAGGAAAAAAGGGCGAGUUCCUAGUAGUCGCAAUUCCACCACGGGAUCGAUAAACCAGGAGAAUGUUCAAGAAAGCUCUCACUGAAUCCGGAAGGAGAAUCCUAAAGGCGAUUAAAAAAUUAUCAACGAAAAGUCGGGUGGUGACAAAGUCGCAGCAGAAACAGCCGAGACUAAUAAACCCGCAGCUUAAUAUCAAUAAUUAUAAUGGCAAUCACAGUAACAAGGGUCGGAGUAACAGCGAUGGUAAUAACCAGGUACCAUGUGAGCUAGUGACGACAGCAGUACCAGGAUGGACAGUGACAUACAUCGAGCCCGAGGUCACAUCAUUGUCCUGGUCCCUCUCGUCGCUCGACACUCACAGUAUCGAUACAUAUGUAACCUACAUAAUGGAGGGUUUCGACGAGUGCAACUCAAUGUGCUGUUACUGCAUCGAGCAUGAAAAUCAAAAGAAUGAAAACCGCGAAAAUGAAAUGAUUAUUUAACCAAAGUUACUUUUUUUUAUACGGAAAUUUUUUAAUCAUUCUUCCUAAUAUCUAGUCAACAUGUCGAUGUAAUUUUAGGUAUUUUAAUUACUAAUGAGUAUUAAUUAUCAAUAUCAAUGUAAAAAUCACUUUCCUUAAAUUUAUUACUUAUAUAUAUAUAUAUUUAUAUUUAUUGAUAAUUAGCCUACAUGUCCAACGAAAAAAAAAACAAUGAAUUGUUAUUUUUAUUUUGCUCAACGCCUAUUAUUUUGGCACAAACUUAAGCAAUAAUUAAUUAACUAAUUUAAAAAAAUAUAUAUAUACAUAUAUAAGGGGUGUGCGAAUAAUUUGAACUUACAAAUCAUUUUUAAAUUUUUUAAUUAUUCGAAACUUUAUGAAUAAUGCAAAUUUUUUUUAUCUUAAUGACAAAAUUGUGAUAUUUUUUAUAAUAAUUAAAAUUUUUAAGGGGAGUAAUCUCAGACACAAAUUACGAGUUUACUUUUGGUGACUGAAAAAAAAAAUCUCUCAUUAAAUAAAAAUUAAAUAUUUGAAAGUUGAUCGAAAUUUCAGAUUUGAAUUGAAUUCAAAAAUUCAAAUUAUUUGGUUCGAAUUUCGAUAGCUAUAUUUGGUUGCAAAUCGAUUCAAACACCCCUAAUAUAUAUAUGUAUAUUUAAUGUAUGAAUAUAUAUGGUGGUAUAUGGAUGACGUCAAUGAAUUUAUUUUAAAACUAUCGAACGUCACUGGGCAAAAUUAUAUAUAUAUGUCGUUUAAUAAUCAUAUAUGUUAUAUUUAUCUGACUAUGACGUAGUUUGAGAGAGGGUCGAAAUAUCAACGAUACACAUGCGAAUUAAGUGUAAAUAUCAGUGGCUUGGAGCCAUUUAAAACUAAUUAAUAAAAUCAUUUAUUGUCAUAUUUUUAGUUAGUAGAUAUUUGUAUGUCCAUCUAAAUCUUAUAUUAUAUGAUAAAUGAUAAGUUAUUUUGUAUUACGGCUGUGAAAGUUUACAAUGAGCACCAAUAAAUUAUAAUAAAUCUUCCAUAAUUAUUUUUGAUUUAUUUUAGG